CUGAGGCUCACACUGUGGGACAGCCUGCGCAGCGACUCUUCACUGCAUAUUGAAAGACACAUAGAGACCUAACUCUGAAAAAAGAAUAUCAUCUGCCAGACUUCCUGUGGAGGACACAUUAACACGGUACAAUGAUGAUUAAGCCAUAUGUGAGACAAGGCGAGGGAGAGGAGGCCGUCAGCCCUCUGCAGUGGAUGGAUGGAGACAUGAGCUCACCUGAUGGAGAUGCAUCAGAUUCAUCACACCACUACAGAGCAGGAGGAGUCCAGCAGGACAGGGAGCUGGGGAGUGAGGAUGCACACGAAGAAGACGAGGAGGAUGACGAGGAGGGACAGGAGGAUGAAAAUGAGUGCAAACGACGUGGGCCAAAGAAAAAGCGUGUUACAAAGGCCCGGCAGGAGCGCUUCCGUGUGAGGCGAGUCAAGGCUAAUGCCAGGGAGCGUUCCCGCAUGCACGGUCUGAACGAUGCUCUGGAAUCCCUGCGCACCAUCAUGCCCUGUCACUCCAAAACACAGAAACUGUCCAAGAUCGAGACGUUGCGGCUGGCCCGCAACUACAUCUGUGCUCUUUCUGAAGCACUCGAAGGUGGGCUCUCCACUGAGAGCAGGGCCUUCAUGGAGACCCUGUGUAAGGGCCUCUCACAGCCCACUAGCAACCUAGUGGCGGGCUGCCUCCAGCUGGGGCCGGGUUCUGGGGCCGUGAUGAGGCCUGAGGACAGACACAGAGUCCGGGCUGCAGCAGCUCCUCUCGGUGGCGUGGUGAGCUACUCCUCUCCAGGCCUGCCGAGCCCCCCGUAUGGCACGUUUGACUCUGCUCACCUGCUUCACCUGAGGGCCAUGAAAGGAGGAGUUUAUGAGAAUCACUCCCCAAAUGAGUAUAAUGCCGGUGGUGUGGGGACCCCUCCGUAUGACGGCCCCCCUACACCGCCCCUGAGCAUCAGCAGCAAUCUGGUGCCCAAACAGGAGCCUUCACCGCACUACCCACCCCCACACCACUACUCCCCCUCCCCGGUGGAGCAGGGCCUGUAUCAGACUCAGACUGGCUAUGACGUACACUUAGAGGGGCCGUAUGACUCCUACCAUCCCCAGCAUAUGCCCCCCCGACAGAUCACCUCCGUCUACAGAGACUAAGACGGAUCAGGAGUGUAGAUUCUGCAUCAAACCCUCAAUAAACUGAUCCUUCAUGAACACUGACUGACUGCAGGAUCAGUCUCUAUGCUUGUGAAGGAACCGUAGAAUGACAAAACGUUUGAUAACGUGAUGUGCAUCUAGAAUAGCACGGCUGAAUAUUGUUAAAAUUAGAAAAUACUUGACUUAAACCAAUCCAUUUUCUUAAAUCUCUGAUUACCAAAUAAAAAAAGGACCUCCAAGAACAAACGUAACAUUGACCAUUUGGACCAGAUGUCCUGUUACUGCGAUAAAAGCACUAAUUUAACUUUGGUAACAUCAGAUACUCUAUAUAAAUUAAAAGUAUUUUUAUUUAUUCUCUUAUUUAAUUCAGUGUAAAUGAACUUUGUGCUGAUGUGCAGUUGUGUGUCUGAUUUCCUUUUGUACAUAUUUGUGGUCGAGGCCUCUCUUUGUUUGCUACUUAGACGGAUAGUUAAUCUAUUAUAUUACUUUUGUGUCCUUUUCUUUGUUGUUUGUUACAGUAUUUCAUGUUUUGCACUCGAACAGAGUCAGAGGUAGAAUUCCUAGCGUGAUGUAGCUGAACUUUGGAAACUGUUGUCUGAAGAAGAAAGCUGUAUUGAUUAAACAUCAAGGUUCAAAAAUCAAAGUGAAGAAGCAGAAAUUUCAUUCUCAGGUUAAUAAUAUAAAAAUGAAUAAAUUCAACAAAUUUGCUUCGGCCACCAUGUCUUUUUUGUUAGUGUUUUUCAUUUCUGUUGUCUUUUGGAAAAUGUUAUGUUAUUAAAAUAUUAAGAAAUCAA